AUGAGCGAAGAGAAUCUCCCAACUUGUCAGGAAGAAAUGAGAUAUGAUGUGCUAGCGAAAGCUGGAUUUGCUCGCCGUGGACGUCUUCGCUUGCCACAUUCAAUUGUCGAAACUCCAGUUUUCAUGCCUGUGGGAACGCAAGGAACUAUGAAGGGUUUAAUUCCUGAGCAACUUGUCGAUAUGGAUUGUCGAAUUCUGCUUUGCAACACAUAUCAUUUGGGGCAUCGACCAGGACAUGAACGAGUCAAAAAAGCUGGCGGUUUGCAUAAAAUGAUGAACUGGAAUAGAUCAAUUCUUACUGAUUCGGGUGGAUUCCAGAUGGUCUCGUUAAGCAAAUUGAUGACAAUUGAUGAAAAUGGUGUUAACUUCGAAAGUCCGCAUACUGGAGAAAUGAUGGCUCUGCCACCAGAAAAAUCGAUUGAAAUUCAACAAGCUCUUGGAGCGGAUAUUAUGAUGCAAUUGGAUCACGUUAUUCAUGUUUUGACUACGGGCGAUAUUGUUAAAGAAGCUAUGUACAGGAGUAUACGUUGGCUUGAUAGAUGUAAAAAAGCCCACACGCGAGACGAUCAAGCUCUCUUCCCAAUCCUUCAGGGUGGCUUAGAUCUUGAGCUUCGAAAAGAAUGUGCACUUGAAAUGGCUAAACGUGCGAAAGUUGGAAUUGCCAUUGGCGGAUUGUCAGGCGGUGAGGAGAAAUCGCAGUUUUGGAGGGUUGUGGCAGCAUGUUGUGCUCUUCUUCCGCCACAUUUGCCCAGAUAUGUUAUGGGGGUCGGAUUUCCAGUUGAUCUCGUAAUAUGCUCUCUUCUUGGAGCUGACAUGUUUGACUGUGUGUAUCCAACAAGGACAGCAAGAUUUGGAACGGCUUUGGUAAGAAAAGGCGGAUUUAUGAGUUUGAAUCAGAAAAGAUUCGCGGAAGAUUUUAAGCCGAUUGAUGAGGCUUGUGAAUGCAAUACAUGUCAAACUUACACGAGAGCUUUCAUCCAUUCGGUAUUGAAUAAGGAAACCGUCGGAUGUCACUUGGUCACUGUGCACAAUAUCAAACACCAGCUCGAUUUGAUGAAGGAUGUUCGGACCGCGAUUGAAUCCAAUAAUGUCGAACAAUUUCUCAAUAAUUUCCUGAAAGAUCAGUUUGGGCCAAUCGACUCCGAAUUUCUUAACGAAAAAGAGAAAUCCAAGAAUAUCGAAGUUCCCCAAUGGGUUCGUGAUGCUGUUGAUCACAUGGGAUAUAAGUUAACAUUCAUAUAA